GUCCGCAUAAGAAGGGUUAUAUAUGGUGCUCCUUGUCCCUGAUAACUAAUCCGAGAUGAACAAUCUUAAUCACUAUUUCGAUUUGCUGCAUUAUUCCGUGUGCGCCCUCGUCCAGGCCACUGCCAACAAAAAGCACCACUCGAAGAAGAUCAUGGCAUUACUCUGUCACCGUAGAUUAGACUUGGAGGUUGUCGAUCAAUAUGACGAAGGCGUCCGGAUCCCACCCGCGGACAUGGGCUCUCCACGGUCUGCAGCACGUAAAAGCUGUCGACGUCGCAUGCGAUCGAGGUAGGCGUGCGGAGAUGGAGGACGGGUGGUGUCUCCAGGAUCACUUGCUAGAUGAUAUGGAAGUAAAAGGCACGUCAUCGACACCCCCACUUAUUCCUGCAAGCUGUUGUGGUUUUGUCGUGGAUGGUCAGAGGGGAACGGCGUGUGCCGAGUAUGUGUAGGCAAAGUUGAUGCCAUACAUUAACGCAGAACUGCAUGAAGUGUAUCGUGGGAUUUUGAGCGGCGUGGAGCAUGAAAGAAGAGUCCACCAUGAUGUCAUCUCUGCAGGCGAUCGACAGCAAUCUACGUCAUCAAGCUCCCCCCGAGGUUCAGAGGCUUCCAGGAGUUUAGCUCUGCAGCGAAGUCAAGAGCUCGUAGCAGAGUCACUAGGUCGUGCAUUUCAAGUCUGCGACAAGGGGAUUUGUGACUUUCAUGUACCUGGUGCUGCUAGUACGUGCGGACUCGUACUUUUCUUGGACCUGCCUUCCCAGCAGCCGUUAUCUCCACAUUAUGCGCAGCAUUCACCAGCGCAGGCUGGAGGCGAUGUGAAACUCGAUGUUUAUGCCAUAGAUUAGAGAUUGAUAGUGCUAAAGAGAACAAACAGGAGUGGGGUCGUCAGCAAAUGAUGCAUCGACACAUUCACACGUUUUGAAUAUCUCAACUUUAAUUUGGUUCCUGA